GAAGCUCCCCGCAACGCUAAUAAUUCGCACGUAGAAUACCGGAUAGAAGGAAAUUGUUGCGCAGCAAUGGAGACUGGCACGCCAAAUAUGACCCCAGCACCAGGCGAUGUUCCUGCCAAGGCCGAGGUGGACGACUUUCUGCGGCGCAAACGCAAGGCGCGGGAACACAAAGCGUGCUAUCCGUGUCGACAACGAAAAGUUCGCUGUGACCUUGCGAGGCCUUGCCGUACCUGUGUCGAGCGCGAACAUCCCGAGCUAUGCGACUACCAUCCGCCAAACAAGAAACAGAACAAUGGCUCUUCUUCGUCAGCAUCUCUUGCGUUGCCUAGCGCGAGUACCAGCAGCGGGGUUCCUGCAUCGAGCGCAAAUACCGUGACGCUGGCACGAUCUGAUUUUGAUCAUCUUUGUCGGAAACUGGAUAAUGUCGAAUCAGCUCUUGAGGAAUUGCGAAGGGAGAUGAGAGGAUCUAAUAGCAGACCACAUCAGCAAACUUCUGGCCGUUCUUCACCUUCAAGUACUACUCAAAAAGCGGAUGCUGCCCAACCAUGGAUUAACAAUCAGUUUACACGCCAUACUACGGUCCAUGGACUUCAUGCUCGGAAUGACUUGACUGGCCAAACUGUACAUCUGGGAGGUUCUUCGGUCCCUGCACUUGUCAUGGCUUUAGGACAAGGCGAUCGUGAACAACCUUCAGUUCAGGAAAUCCUCGGCAGAUCGAUCCUACCUAUGUUUGGUCUUGACAAUGAGACAGCAACAUAUCCAUUCGUCGAUCUUUGGGGUCUGGCUCACGGCUCUCUGGCACGCGCUCAAGAAUUGGCCAAAACGAUACCCACGGACAGUCAAUGCUUAUCCUUCUUCCGAUACUAUCAGAACCUUGGAAACAUCAUCUUCCCAGGUGUCGCGGAUAUCUCAACCUUUGAAAUGGACUUGACGCGCUUUUUGCAAAAACGUAAUGAGCAAAUGGGUGUUGCUGGAUCUCUACCAGAAAAUAGUCCCCUUCCUGGAGUCACUGAGCAGGCAAUUUACGACAAGAAUUUGGAAUGGGUUGGUUUACUAUUUGCUGUUCUAGCGAGUGGUUGCCAAUGUUCUGGUUUGCCGAGAAAAGAACGUGAAUUGACAUCUCAAGUCUACAUGUGCUGCAGUUUCGAGUGCUUACGUUUCACCAAUUUCCUGUCACAUGUGACUCUGGAGAGUAUUCAGACUUUGUUGAUUCUCGGCAAUGUCAUCUCCAACAACAUGAACGCCGGAACUUCCUGGUCUCUUAUGGGUCUGACGCUACGCCUAGCAAUGAGUCUUGGUCUGCACCGUAGCUGCCCACCUGCCGCAGACAUCGAGACCAAGGCUAUUCGCUCCAAGGUCUGGUGGUCAAUUGUCUGGCAAGAUAGUUUACUAUCAAUCACGUACGACAGAGCAGCUACAACAGCAUACAUUGACCCCUCAAGCAUGCCAGCACCAGAUGCGUACACGCAAAUUCCUCCUUAUCAUUUGGCAAUGUACAGACUCUGCAGCGUCGGUCUGGAGAUUGUACGCGAUCGCACUAAGACCAUGAGCUCUCGCGAGCUGUUCGCCAGAAUCACAAACCACAGGAAUGAGAUUGAUGAUAUCAUGGCUGGCACUGCUGACUACCUGCGCGACUCGCGUACCUGCAAGUCUGUGGAAGAGUCACUCGAGCACUGGGCUCUGUACCUACACGUCUCAUACAUUGUCUCCGAACUCUGUCGACCGGCCAUCAGUCCCAGCACCGCCAGCUACGAACUCUCCAAGGCCUUCAAGCAAACCUGCAUCGACAGCUUGGUCAGCACAGUCGAAGCUUUCCUCGGCCUGCAAAACAUCACGCCCUACGCAAGACAAUCCUGGGCCGCCGUCCACCGCAGUCUUUCCUCCGCUCUCCUCCUCGGCAUCAUGGGUGAACACGCCCACAACGAACGCGCUCGCCGUCUUCUCGGCAGAUUCGUCGCCCUCAUGUCAGAUAUGCAAUCGUCACUCGACCCACAAGAACUCGCUGCGCCCAUGGAAAGAGCAAUCACCGCACUCAAGAAGCUGAACAUUCAAGAGUCCAGACCGCCGAGGUUUAUCGAGGACAUUGCCAUGGGUGGGGCUUCGGCGCAGAGUGUGACGGAUAGUAGUGAUAGUCCUGGUAUGGCUGGGGUGGAUCAUUCGAGUGUGUUCCCAUCAAACACUUCGGCGUUGGUUGAUGAGGAGUAUUCGCCUUAUAGCGUGCUCAACUCGAUCUUGUGGGGACAAGGUACUACGCCUUGAGUGUGACGGAAGGAAAGAGCUGUGGUGGAGAAGAGUCGCUGUACACGAAGAGAGUAAUAGCUGAGACGUAGUGUAUAUAUACGAGUAACGUGCAUAGGACUGGCUGAAAGGAUAUAGAAAAAGCUCACAAAUACCAUAACCAUAAUGUUCAUAUAUCAAUGUCUAGCAGGAAAAUUAUGAAGU